AUGGGCGCCAAGGCUUCGAAAUUAUCCAAAGACGAUCUAACAAGUCUCAGACAAUCGACAUACUUUGAUCGCCGAGAGAUUCAACAAUGGCACAAGGGAUUUCUAAGAGAUUGUCCAUCAGGACAACUGACGCGAGAUGAAUUUUGCAAGAUCUACAAACAGUUCUUCCCAUUCGGUUCACCUGAAGAGUUUGCAAAUCAUGUUUUCAGUGUUUUUGACAAGGACAAUAAUGGAACAAUAGACUUUAAAGAGUUCAUUACAGCCUUGAGCACGACGUCAAGGGGGACUCUGGAGGAAAAGCUAGUGUGGGCAUUCCAAUUAUACGAUCUAAACCACGACGGAUUAAUAAACUACGAAGAAAUGCUUACGAUCGUCUCUAGCAUAUAUAAGAUGAUAGGGUCGAUGGUCAAACUUGAUGAUGACGAAGCGACCCCAGAACUUAGAGUCAAAAAGAUUUUCAAGUUAAUGGAUAAAAAUGAAGAUGGCUUUAUCUCAUUAGAGGAGUUCAGAGAAGCAUCAAAAGUCGAUCCCUCUAUUGUGAGCGCCUUAAAUCUAUACGACGGGUUGGUAUAA